CCGCCAUCAUCAUCAUCGGUCCCCUCAUGUGUGGGAUGCCCCAGUUCGGUUCGAAUGGCCGGAUCGUUUCCUUCGGGCUGAUUUGUCUUUCCAACCCGACCGUCACUCCACACCCUCCCUUGACCGCUCCCGAGACUGUUCAAUCUAAACACUUGUGAGCAGAAUCCGCGCCAUGUCCAAAUCUAAAGCUGCCCCAAUUCCCUUGGACAUGACCAAGUUCGAUGACGAGGAGUUCAACUCAGACUCUUACGUCUACGGAAUUCUGGCCACCAAUGCUGAGGAUGACAUCAAGAACUUCUUUACUCUGCUCGAGGCCGCUCGCGAGAGUGCCGCCUCUGUCCUGCAAAAAAACGUCUAUCGCAACUACACCGAGUUCGUCACCAUAUCCAAGGAGAUAUCCAAGCUCGAGAGCGAUAUGCUUACUUUGCGCGGAUUGCUCAACGAGCUGCGCGACGUCAACGAGAUCCUGAGACCCGAUGAGCCUGUCGAGCAGAUUGCUUUGGAUGUCUCUCCCGUUGCGACCGAGCUGUCUCCGACGGAGAAGAAAGAAGGGAUGCCGUUUGUGCGUCCGCAGGAAAUGCUGGAUUUCAGAAAGAUGCAGAUGGAGAAGCUCUUUGACCUUAUCGAAGGCGUCCAGAAAAUGAUUCCCGAGUCGAGCAGCCGCUAUCUCGCCCGCGACGGGUCCAAGACUCAGUACUGGGAAGUCAAUCCGUCCAACAUUGGCGGCAAGAAGCAAUGCGUCCACUUCUUUGUUCUCAGCGACUACCUGCUGGUCACGACCAAGAAGAAGAGCCUCAUUUCGGGCAAAUCUAAGAUGACCGUCGACAAGUGUCUCAAGCUUAGCGAGAUCGCCAUUAUCGACAUGAAGGACUCAGAAAUCACGAAUGCUUUCAAGAUUAUGCGACACCCAAAUACGUUCGUCUAUCGGGCAGAGUCUCCCGAAGACAAGCGCAGUCUGUUGGCUGCCAUAAAACGAGUGACGGAUGCGUUUUUGGUUCCCAAGAAGGAGCCCGAGAAAGAAACCAAGGAGUUGAGGUCAUCCACUCCUCUUCUGACUGCACAGAGCGAGGCUAUCGCUGAGACCGUCGCUGCGGCUCCCACCAAAAUCGCCGUCGUCAAGGAUAGUAUAUCAAUGCCGGAUGCACAGUUCCUGUUUGAGCUGCCUGACGAGCUCGAUGUCCUGAUUGCCCAUCGAGAGUUUGAUAAUGCCGUGGCGCUGAUGGAAAGGGGUCGGUCUAUCCUUGUCUCCAACUCUGUCGAAACGCCACGAGUCCAGAUCAUGAAAUACAACCUCGAAGAUCGUAUCUCGCGACUCGCAAGCACACUCUGUGGCGAUCUUUCGAGUCCGAUUUGUACAAAGAAACAGGGCCAGGCCAACAUUGCGCUGCUUGUCAAGCUUGGUUUCGGCAAAGAGGCCCGUGAUAUAUUUUUGACUUCCAGGACAAAGGCUAUACAUCACCACAUCCGAUUACUCAAAAUGGAUGGCGAGGUCGCCUCCUAUGUCUCGGAUCUCGCCGAUGUGGUAUUCCAGAUGAUUCGAAACACGUGUGACUGGUAUAAGGUCUCUUUCCACGACUCGACGAUGGCAUCUGGAUUUAUGACAUGGGUGCGCGGCGAGAUCAUCUACUUUUCGGAAAUCUUUCGAAGACAUGUCUUUUAUGAGUUACAAGAGUUUUCGGUGAUCUCUGACUGUCUGCACAGAACCAUGGAGAACUGCGAGCUGCUUCGCGAGGCCGGCCUGGAUCUCAGCUUCUUGAUCGAGCAGCUUCUCCUGGAUGAUGUAAAGGAGGCGAUCAAUCGCCACUCCAAGUUGUGUCGCGACAAGAUUAUCGAGUGCAUCAACACAGACAACUUUUCACAGGUUUCGAAUCCAAAGCUAUUCGAAGAUGCCGAGUUAAGCAAGCCAAUCAGCCAGAGCGUCUGUGAUUUCUACGAGAUUCUCAUGACUUUUGGCUCAAAUGUCGGAGUUUUGAUGUCGAUUGCGCUCUAUGACAAGAUUGUGACCUCCUUGGCCGAUUUCUUCUCAUGCUAUCUUGACCGAAGCUUGGAGCUCUUUCAGAACCAGUGGACACCAUCGCAGUACAACACCAUGGUGUUCAAUGCCGACUUUGUCGUUAAUGACCUGGUCCCGCGGGUGUCAACCCAACUUGCGGCGCGCUUUGAGCGAGCAAUUCCAGAGCUCGAGAAUCAUCGGCAGUACCUACAGAAUGUGAUCCGCAAGAUGAACAUAAUAUAUAUCAAGCAGAUGAUUGCUCGCCUCAUUGGCGAGUUCUUCAAGUUCCAAGUCUUGGACUACACCAGCGGAGGCGGCAUUCUUGAUACAGCAAAGCCCUCCAGCGACAUGAUCAAGCUCUGCGAAGAGUCCCACAAAAUACUACAGCACAUUCCACCAGCCUUCAAAGCGUCAGAGACCAUGAAGGCCAUUGUCGAGGGUCUCUUUGAGCUGAUGCUCGAGAGCGUGCAGCAGUUCAUACUGGACAUGCACUUUUUUCUCCAGCUCGCACGUCCAUUUAUAUCGGAAAAGUCCACAAGCAGCGCCCAUCAAAUCUGCGAAAAGGCACUUCGAAGCUUCGUGAGCCAGAACUCAGGCGUUACAGCUCCGCUGAAGGGUGGCGAAUGGUACGAUGCCAGGGUCAAAGCGAGCAUGCAGCAGACAGCCAAAAGCUUUCCCGAGUUUACGACCACCAAAUGAGCGACACUCGGAGAAAUGUGCGGCGCUAUCGUUCCAGUCGAACAUGUAGUUUGCGAUAGCAAAGUCAUUUGCAAACGCAGCCGAUCACCACGACAGCCUCUGAGUGACGGCAGCAUAUUGCCUUCCGGUCUCCGCAACUGCCUCGAUUCCACAUCACGAAACAGCUGUGUUCUUUGGUUAUCUGGUCAUGGACAUACUGAAUGUGGCCAACGCGCAUUGUUUUGGAGCAACAUGUUAUUUGGUCGCUCAUCAUGAUCAACCCGGGUGCCCCAUUUCGUUCUGGGUGCGCUGGGUUAGCACCUCUUCCCCGCCUUGCACCACUUCCCCGCCUUGCACCUCUUCCCGGCCUUGCACCCUGGCUGGUCUUUGCUUUCAUGUGUCACGUGUACAGCCUCAUUUCCAAGGCCCUCGUCCUGGUCGGUGCUCU